AUGGCGUAUUCCACCAGCACUGUCGCACAGGGCUGUUUUGGGAAAGUUUACAAGCAGAAGUACAACGACAAGUGGGCUGCGAUAAAGAAAGUCCCUUACCAUCUCAUCGACAGGAAGGAUCUGGAGAGAGAAUAUGCCGUGUACAAGAAGGCCGAACAUCCCAACAUAGUGAAACUGCUGGGCGACAUAACUCUAACAGAUGGGACAUGGGUCAUCCCACUGGAGUUUGUCUUCGGAGAGGACUUGGAGACAACCAUCUUCAAUCCUUCAAGGUCGAGAAUACAUAUGACUCCAGCUAAUCAAGGCACCAUCAUCGUUGGCAUGUGUGAAGGGCUGCUUUACCUCCACUCUAAAGAUAUCGUCCAUCAAGACCUCAAGCCUGAAAACAUAAUGGUGGAACACUACACAAACAGAGCAGUGAUCAUUGACUUGGGACUGGCCAAGUUCUUCAAAUAUGGUCUGAACUCUGCAGCGGACAUCGGCAACGAGGCGUAUGCAGCUCCUGAGGUGCUGCAGAGGCGCGUUCAGCGGGACCAACGAUCUGACGUCUGGGCCAUGGGCAAGAUCAUUGCUGAGUUUUGUGCUCAAGUUCGACUCUUCACUCCCAGCGUCUGUCCCACCAAGAUUAAAGAGACCCUGAAAGAUCAGCCAUACUGCAGGGCUGUAUGCAGAAUGGUGCACCCAGACCCAACCCUCAGGGCCUCCAUGGCAGGGAUCAUAGAUGAAAUCCGAGUGGCUGGAGGCAAAAGUAGUGCGGAUCAAAAGGACCACCAAAAGCCCCAUUCACCCAACACUGAUGUCAGAAACAGAUCUCCAUCACCAGAGUACAGAGGUACAUCCUCAUUCAGAAGAGAUUAUCCACCAAUAAACAUACCCUCACCGCCAAUCAACAGACCUUUUGUCGGGCUGCUCUCGCCCCCCUCUGCAAACCUGGAAGAGCUCAACAAAAUGCAGGAUUUGGCCAAGAAACGCUUGUCAGAGUUCACAAAUGACUUCACAAAGACGGCCUUCAACGAGAAGUGGAAGAUGGAGAUGCACAUGGAGGAGAAAAAUACAGACUUCAAAAGAUGGGAGCAUAAAGAGUUCAAAGCAGAACAACAGAUUCUAAAAUUUGACGAACACACUCCUCUUGGCGGGCUGCGGCAGUCUUCCUCCUCAAACUGGGCACAAAACGACAACCUCACAGAAAGCUUCAAAAAGAUGACCUUUUUUGGGGAGAAGCGUCAGAUGGAGAUGCACCUCGAGGAGAAAAAUGGAGACAUCGAAAGAUGGGAGCAGAAAAAAGUCAGCGCAGAACGACAGAAUGUAACGUUCAACAGCAAACAGGAAAAUAUCUUUUAA